AUGCCGACCAUCCGAUCCGCCGCUAACGAAAAGCAUCUACAGGUUCGAACCAGACGAGCGCGGGAGACGCCUGAGUCGGCACGGCCUGAAAAGGAACAUGUCGGCCAGUCACCACAGAUUACGCCGCUGGACGGCCUGGUCUGGGAGAAGGAGGAGCCCAAGCAGCUGAGGCCGUUCAAGCCAACCUACCACAUCACCAUGGCAUUGCAGGCCGACACCCCACAGGACCUCAUCACCAUCGACCGGGACUACCUCGAGCGCGUCACCCUCCGCCGGCGGCUCCUCGCCUCGCACCCCGCCACCGUCCACGGCUGCACCCCCCACGGCGGCGCCUCCGUUCGCGAGCUCUACUCCUACCUCCUCGGCUCCUACCUGCCCCGCCGCUACCCGACCGUCUUCCAGCUCGUCGGUGGCUCGCUGCGGAACGCGGCCACCGGCGCCACGCACCCGACGACGUGCCCCGACGACCCGGAGGCGGCGCUCCGCGUGCUCGGCGAGACGGUCGAAGAGGACCUGUUCCUGCUGCGGGAGACGCCGCAGGGCCACGAGUCGACGGCGUUUGUGUGCUGCUUCCCGUCCGGCUUCGACCCGAGCGAGAAGCUCGGCCGGCUGCUGAGCGAGAUCCACCGGCCGGUGCCGGCGUACGAAAAGAUCGCCAAGAGCAUGGAGCGCUUCUUCGGCAAGCUCGAGGUCGGAAAGAGCGUCAAGCGGAUGAAUUGGUCCGUCCAGACGCAUGACCAGCUCUUCAACUGCAAGGGCAACCACAUCAUCGAGCACGAAGACACGUACAUGCCCGACGAAGACGUCGACAUUUCCCAGACCUUUGUCCGCAUCGAGCUCCAGACACUCACCCGCCUGCCCGAGACGCGCGCGAUCCUCUUCUCCUUCAAGACGUAUAUGUACCCCGUCCGACAGCUCAAGGAGGAAGGCGGCGGGCCGGCGUUUGCCGAUGCCGUCGACGGCCUGGCCGACGGCAACGCGCCCGGGAUGCGCAUCUACAAGGGCAGCGUACGCUGGGGCAAGAAGGUGUGCGAGUACCUGCGUUCCUAG